AUGAAGCAAACAAAGGCAAGUUUCCCAACCUACAGACUGCCAAGAAAGCUAACAUCUCCGCAGGCCAUCAUCAUCGGCGGAGGCCCCGCGGGUCUCGUAACCGCUCUACGCCUACAGCAGCAAAUGAAUAUGGACUGCACGAUAUAUGAGCUUCGAACAGCACCUUCUACACUGGGGAGCGCCAUAGGCAUCAUGCCAAAUGGCUUGCGCCUUCUUGAUCGCUUGGGAGUUUACUCAGAGCUCAAGGAGCGCGGAAGCAGUCACUCCAAUAUGACCAUCCACUCUAUAAAUGGAGGGGUUCUGGGACGAAGAGAUAUGGUUGCUGCAGCAAAAGAGCAGACUGGUUAUGGGUACAUGAGAAUCAAGCGAACUGAUCUGCUCGACACCUUGUUGGGUGCGGUUGCUGAAGCUGGUAUUGCGUUGCACUACAACAAGUCACUUAUAUCCAUCACAGAAUCGGCUGAUUCAGUCACCGCGACCUUCUCUGACGGGACCAGUGAUACGGCAGACUUUCUUCUUGGGUGCGACGGGAUUCACUCUGCUGUACGACGCUUGCAUGUCGAUCCAGAUCAGACACCUGUAUACACGGGGAUGUCAGGCCUCGGCGCCCUGGUCUCAGCUUCUUGUGUUUCUGAGGCAGCUCGACAAGAAAUGAGGGGCAUGAAUGUCACAAUGACUCAAGAGGGUAUGUUUGGUGUCAUGACAUGCACUGCUUCCGACGACGAAAUUCUGUGGUUUUUGUCCAAAGAAGUACCACUGCCAGACUCUGAGGAUGCCCGCAAUGGAUGGGAGGUUCGUCGACGGGACGAAGUGGAGAGGUUCAAGACCCAACUUCACAAGACUCUCGAAGAUGCGGGUGGGCAAUGGGGGGAUAAUCUGCGGGAGCUUACUGGCAAUACGACAGCUGUGAAGUUCUACCCUAUUUACAAGCUACCCACCGGAGGAAAAUGGCACAAAGGGAGAACUCUCCUUCUCGGCGAUGCAGCACAUGCCAUGCCACCUCAUGCAGGCCAAGGAGUAUCGAUGGCAUUCGAAGACGCGUUUCUCCUUGCUCGUCUUCUUGAGAAGAAACUGUCUCUUGCGGAUACAUUCAAGCAGUUUGAUGAUAUCCGAAGACCAAGAGUUGAGGAUAUUGCGAACAGAUCUUCUGGGAAUGCAAAGAUCAGAAGAAGGACAGGGCCAUGGGGCUUGUGGCUGAAGGAGACGGGGCUUUGGCUGUUUAUGCAAGGUGCUUGGGUAUUUGGCAUGGAUCGCUGGGGUUCGGAGACGCAGCAGAUGGUGUACGACAUUGACAAAGUCAACAUCUGA